AUGUCGGUCCCCUGGACAGUAAGCGCGACGUCGCUUGUGCGCGACAUCCUCUCGAAGAACCGAUACAUGAAGAACCCACAGAUCUGGCAGGCCGCCACCUUUGGUGAGCGUCCUAUUCUCCAGGCCAAGACUGCCCUUGACCUGAACGGCCGUAUUCGCAUGAAGAAGGUGUCCAACAUCCGUGAGGGCAGGCGCCAGUGGGUGCCCCCACCCGUCAAGCCUCUUCCCGAGCAUCCGUUCCAGUCAAUGAGGUUCUUCAAGUCGCACGUCUUGCGUUCGCUCGAGGCGCAACAGCUCAUCCAUCUGGCCGUUGUCCGUGUUCCUAUCUCCACCAAGCAGGGUCUGCUCGACGCCGAAAAGGCCGCUGCGCGCAAGUUUCGUCGUAUGUGUCUCGAGGCCGACCGUGCCAAGCUUCCGCGUCCCACUGCCCCCCCUCCCCCCGCAACGACCGUGAAGGACUUUGUCUGGACCCUUGGCCCGGCGCCAACAGAAGAGGACAUGCGAGAGGGCCGCGUCAACUAUGCGCCGAUGGACGAGCCUAUGACGCUAGAGGAAGCAGCUGCCAAGUGUGACGACGCCGCAUGGAGCUACGCCGAGCGCCUCGAGGCACAUUACCAUAAGGCCCGUCUGGUUGAAGAGGCCAACAUUGUCGAACGCAAGGCUAUCCGCGCUGCUUAUUACAAGGAGAUGCGCGUGGAGGCGAAGCGCCAGCGCGACGAGGAUAUCGCCGCCGGCCGCGGACCCUUGCUCCGCCAGGAGGCGCGUCGUGCGGCCGCCAUUGAGGCGGUCAGCCAGUAUGCCCAGGCCACUGGCGAGGACGUCAGCGACUGGUACGAGGAGAUUGCAAAGGCCAACUUUGGCGAUGAGUUGCCCCAGAGUAUCCCCUCAACGCGUCCCAGCCAGUCCAAGCGCGUCGACGGUCGCGUCCGCCUCACGCCCGUUCCCGCCGUCAAGGCUGUCAAGAAAUACGCAGGUGCAAAGCAAUUCUAA